ACUGUCAAAAUUGUCAAAACCAUAAAAUGGUUGAUCGCCGAUUUGUCAAACUAAGUAGAAAUAAGUUUUUUGCUAUUUUAUGUUGCUAAAUUCUUUUAUAUACUUGUGUAUAAAACGUCCUAAGUAAAAUACAAUUAUUGUUGUUAUUAUAACGUAAAUAUUAAUUACAAAUACCUACGUAACCUGGCCCAAAGUAAGGCUGAUGUAGGCCAAUUAAUGCGCGAAGCCAAUUAUUGGAAUAAUAUGAUGUUCCUUCGAGGUCUUACGUAUGAAUUUAGUAACAUUACUGAAGGGAAAACAAAACCGAUGAAAUAGUGAAGCGAUUUAAUUUGAAAACUUGUUAUUCAUAAAAAAGACGAGUUGUUUCGGUAUUGAUAAAACAGUUUCUAAGCCAUGGCAGAACAAGAUCAAAUGACUGACUACAGCAUGGAUUUAAACAUCAAAGAAGAAGAUGAAGUUGUUGACGACAUAACAAUCCACAUUAAAUCUGAAAUAGAAACUGAUGAUGUCCCAACAAUUGAUUCUGCAACCGAACAUGAUGAGAACAUUCAAACUACAGAUCAUGAAAACAUCCCUACCACAGAUCACGAUGAAAACAUCCACACGGGGGAAGACAAUCACGAAACUUCUGAACCUAAUACAAGUAACGAACCUAGUCCGUUCGAAAACAUACAGCUUGAAGUAAAAGAAGAAAUGAUGUCUCCAAAUUAUAUAACACCAACCCAUAGUAAUAUAAUGGUUACGUUGCCAACAAACAUAGAAACGGAUAUGCCUAAAGCAAUGGACAUAGAUCACGAUGUGAAGGAGGAGAUGGAAGGAGAGAUAGUUACGUAUGAUUAUCCGGAUUAUGAUGAUGGCAGUAUGGACAGUGCGGAAGCUACGGCUCUUGGGAAUGUGGCAUGUUUGCUGGACGAUGUUAAUGUGAAGACUGAGGAUGAGGACAAUCUCAAAGAUUACAACAGCCUGAUCAAGCAAGAGGAAGAACUAACUGUGACGGAAACACAUUUGAUAUCAAAUAAACUGAUCAAUACAACCUCCACUAUCACUCACCCACAAGAUGGUGUGAUAGAGUCGCGAACAACCAAAACAUUAGUCAUGGAAAUACUGCCAAUGUCCACUAUAUCUGAACCGUUACAUAAAAUCGGUAACCCAGAAGAAAUCCUACCAACAACGUACUCAAGCGAUGAUUAUGACUCGUUCCAACUUAAUUCUAUUACAGGAAAUGUUCUGUCUUUAGAACAGGAAGCAUACGGGUUGUUGAAAGCUAAAACGGAUAAGAAAGGAACCGUUAUAACUUGUCCAAAGUGCCCGAAAAUGUUCAACGGUUAUUACAGGUUAAAAAAACAUUUGGGCGUUCAUGUUGCUAUUGAGAAGAGGGCGAUGGGCAUUAUCAAAGGACUUGAAACGAGGAAAGAAAACCAACAGAAGAAAUUGGAGAUGCAAAAUCAGAAAAUGCCGAAAGUUAAAAAAGAAAAAAGAAGUGGUGUUAAGAAAGAAAUUGCUAACAAAACUAGGUCUGGAAGGGCUGUUGAAGGAACUGAAUUGGAUGCGGCUAAUAUUAAAUUAGAAGAUGAAAUUGGUAUUAAAAGAGAAAAUGUUAAGAAGGAAGGUUAUGAAUGCACAUGCGGUCAAGUUUUUCAAAGACGGAGCAGAAUGGAGACUUGUCUUAGAUCUCAUAACAUGUAUUCGGACACGGAUAGCGUGUAUCCUUGUGUUUCGUGCACAAAACAAUUCAAAGAUAAAGAAGAAUUGGCGUUGCAUCGCAAACGGUUGCACAGAAAGAAAUUCCCGUGCAAAUUCUGCCCAACGGACUACGGGACUAGGAAAGAGCUGUUCAAACAUUUGCAAAUACAUCAAAAAGUGCAGUUGCUUGAAUAUAAAGUCAUAUCAGAGUUUGUCAAACAUAAGAAGAAGUUACGUUGUUUCAUUUGUUCCAAGAGUUAUUCUGAGUUAUCAGACUUGAAGUGUCACGUAAUGGAAGAUCAUAAGGAGCCCUACAUUUGCCCGCUGUGUAGCGGGACGUUUUCUAAAAUAAUAGACUUUGCUCAUCACACCAAGAGUUUUCAUCCAGAAAUCGAAGGGCAGUCGGUGCUGGAUGUUCUUGAAGCGUUUUCGAAGCUAGUCAAAGCAUGGAAGUGCGAAGAGUGCGAUUUGCAGUUUCACGAAGCCGAUAAACUGGCUGUACAUCAGAUUGAGAAACAUAGUCCCGAUGUGAAAGUGGAUUGCCAAUUUCAAUGUCCGGAUUGUCGGAGAGUUUUCAUAAGUCAGAAAGGCUUAACGUCCCAUAGAAGAAUACAUCACAGUACGGAGAGCACAGAGGAAACAGAAGAAGUAGAGAAAGGUGUGAUGUGUGUGGAAUGUCGAAAGAUCUGCAAAGAUAUGACUUCUUUGACUUCGCACAUGCGUUUACAUUCUCCUGAGAGGAAGUAUCCGUGCAAAUUCUGUGAUUUCCGUUUCGCUACACCUGAAAAGAGGAAGGCUCAUGCAGAGAUACAUACUGGAGAUUUAAAAUAUGUUUGCUUUAUUUGCGAGUAUCAGUGUAGUUCGGAGCACAGGUUGGAACAACAUAAAAUGUCAGUGAAACAUUCAAGCAUGAAAGAGUUUUUGCUGACAGGGAAGCCGUUAAUAGAAGAAUCUACGUCGAAGAAGAAUUGUAGUAAGAAGAGAGAUACAAAGAGAAGGGAAAAGAAAGAUAGUUCUAGUGAUGACGAAGUGUGUUGUGAUAUUUGCGGUGAGAAGUUUAGGAGUGAGGUUGAAAUGGCCGAACACAAACAAACACACCCGUUCAUAGAGUUUCCCCACGAAGAUACACCAAGUAGAAUAUUUUUUAAGUGACUUUCUUGCCUUUUGUUAUAUUUGUAUGUUUUUAAGUAUAACUUUUGCUGGUCAAAGGUAUUAUGUAGAAGUAGUAAGAAUCGGUAAUAGGUAGUUCAUAUUCUUUUUUUGUUUCGUUUUUUUAGAAUCUAUUUUAUUUUAUUAUUUUCAUAUAUUUUGUUUUCUGAGACUUUUCGUUUCACAAUUUCAUUAUCUUUUAUGGCUGGGUACACUUUGAUUAGUUUUUAAUACAAGUUUUAAUUUUUCUUCUUUUUUUGUAUUUGCAAUUUUUUCUCUAUAUUUUUCACUUCGAUUGCAUAUGACUGAAAGAUAUUUAUAUUAUAGUUUAUAUAAGAUAGAUUUUCACUUACAAACAAAAGUGAUUAGCACGCAACAAAUUAUUAUAAAUAUAUUUAAAAAAAUAUAUAUCAGAAUAAGUUUGUUAUAAAAUGAGUUUUCGUUUAGAGUAAAAGGAUUAAUGCUAGAACAGAACUAGAGCUUGCAGAACUUACACUUAGAGCGCUCAUUUUAAAAAGCCGAAUUUAGAAAAGUCGACGUAACAAAAUUGAUUUUCAUACAAACAUACUUAAGUUUUCUCAUAAAGAACAAUAUUAGCAAAAUAUUUAUCUGUUACAAAUAUGUUAAACUAAAACUCAAUUUAUAAAAAUAAGAACGAAACAGUUCUUAUUUAUUUUUUUUAUAUUUAAUUUGGUCUGUGAUUCGAUAAAAUAUUUUGUUCUAAAUUUGCCUUUAUAAAUUGCUAGUCUUAAAGGUUUUAAGGAGGCUUUAAUAAAUUUGUACAAAUUAUAACUGGAAUGUCGUCAGUCAAGAAUAGUUUGUAUUCACUAAUUUGAUUUUGUGAACAUUUUUCUCACUUGUUCGACUUUCGAAAUACCAAGGCUUUUCUCAUUGGUUGGAAUAAAAUAAAAAUAAUAUUUCUUUUUUAUUUUACUUUUUGGUUAAUUUUUGGUUGUAUACGAAUUUGAACGACGAAUACAAUUUUUUUUCGAUAUCGAGUCCAUAGUCGAACAAAUAAGAAAAAAAACCAAGAAAAUUCGUUUGUAUGUUAACGUGUAGUUCAGUGCCUCAUAAACUAAGUUAAGAAGUUUUGGUAAGAAGCUUUCAGAGACUAAUAGAAAUAUCAUGAUUACAUUUUUUUUUUUCAUAGCCACAAGUCAUUUUCCCUAUUUCAAUACAAUUCGUUAUGAUCAAUGUCAAAAUGUAUGUAGGUAAAGUUUACUACUGCGGAGGUCAGAUGGGUAUCGCUUCGUGUUGAAAUCUGACUCACCCGAAUGGUGAGGAUGAAACCAAGUUUAAAACGACAGGAUGGAGAAGAUCGUAACAUAUUGUUGGGAUUUCUAUACCAAAUCGUAAAAUGUCGAUUUCCAAUUGAAAUUGUUAAGAAAUGAGAGGCUUAUUUUGUCUUAAUUUUAUAAACGUUUACGUAAGUUGUUUUACCUCAAUAACUAUCUACAUUGAAGUUAUUUCUGUAACGUUAUUGUAAUUUUUUUUGUGUCUGCCUCACUUGUAGUGUAGUUCUCUUGUUAUAUCAGGGUUGAAAGAUUAUUGACAAUAUGCAGUGUUUUUUAAUGUUAUGUUUUCAAAAGAUCAACUUAUAUACCUUGCAAAAUUGUGGAAAUCAAGAGAAAAGAGUAUGUUACUCUACACAUUAAAAUAAUGAAAAAUACGAUAAAAUUGAAAAAUAAAAAAAUAACACUGCAAAUUGACAAAA